AUGGAUGAUUGCAUUAGUGAAUUGCCUGACGAAAUUCUGUCUUGUAUCCUCACAAUGUUAUCCAUCAAAGAUUUGUUGAAAACAAGUGUACUUUCUAGAAGGUGGUUCAAGCUUUGGGGUCUAAGGAGAGAUCUAUAUUUUGAUAUACACAAUGUGCUUGGAACCGAGAAGGAACUACUACAAACAGGGCAUCUCAUUGAUGUCACCGAUGUAUAUUCUAGAACUUUAAAAUGUGUCAAUUUGGAUUUGAGUCCAAAAGAAUUUAUAAAACGAGUAGAUCAAUUUCUCAACAAUUUUCCUGGCACAACGAUUGAUUCUUUCUUCGUAAACUUCUAUUUUGAUUGUGAACAAAGCAACACUAUUGAUCAAUGGAUAAGUUUUGCAAUUGCGAAGGGAGUAGAGAGAAUGGAUCUACUCUUUCUAGGGAAGCCUUAUGCGAAGCGCACAACUCAAUACAAACUUUAUAAAUUUGACUUUGGCUUAUUUUCAAAGACUAAUGCUUCAACUCUAAAGCAUUUGUGUCUUGAGAAUUUUCUUGUUUGCUAUCCCACCAAUUGUGACUUAACUCCGUUCAAACAUUUAAGAUCUCUUUCACUUUUAAAUGGAAAAGUGGAUGAAAUAUUCAUAGAAAAUUUGUUAUCGAAUUGUCAACUCCUUGAAGAGCUUUCAUUAGUUCAUUGUGAGUUCAAAUCAUCAGUACCAAAGAUAAUAAGUUCAUCCUUAUGUCAUCUCAAUGUUUCAAACUGUUAUAAGGUACCCCCCAACAAUUGCUUCACAUCACUAAAGUUAAUGUUAGUCGACUGCCUUAAACUCACUUCAUUAGUUUGUCCUGGAAAUGAUCUGUCUAACUUAAACAUUAAUAGUCAUGCGCUGAAGAGAAUCAACUUCUGUAUUGACGAAUAUUUUGAUGCAUCUGCUCUCUGCGAAACUUUUCCUGAACUUGAGAUUAUGCAUUUGGGAAUAGUUUCUAUGGGCACACCUUUCCUAAAAAUAGCUCAACCACUCAAACAUCUUACACAAUUGGAUUGCAUUUACGUUUCUGACAUCACAAUUGAAGAAUGUGGUCUUAUGUUGAUUUUGAACAUCCUUCGAGCUUCUCCUCAUUUGCAGAAACUUUCAAUCAUGAUUGCAUAUCCAUAUCUCUUUAAAAAUCAUAAAGAUAUUGGGGAUGUUGAAGUAUUCUCUCACGAUGAGGUAAAAAUUAUUGAACUUGGAGGUUGUGUUGGCAAUUGGUAUGAAAUUGAGUUUGUUAUGAAUAUUCUAAAAUAUGCUCACAAUCUUGAGCAAAUAGUUUUGAGUCCCUAUUGGAGAGAUGAUGACUCGUUGGAUUGGAAAUCUAACCCUACGUGGUUUCAAAGUGGGCGUGAAAAAAUUAGUGAAAAACUUCAAGGUGAAGAAAUAAUAGGACGAGAAAAACUUGUGCUCUUAUAA